AUGUCGUUAGGAGAUACAGAAGGCCCAGUUGAUAUCAACCUGCCGAACCUCCAGCUUGGCGACGCGAAGGAACAACUUGCAUUGCUCUUCACACCUGCGAACAGACCUCGUAUCCGCUCAAUCAACGUUGGACUUGCCGCGUACGGAGCACCUACGCUUCUAGCCCCUUUCUUGACAGGAGACUUUCCACGACUUCAAACUCUUACUGUCGACUGCCGGGAGCCACAGUGGUACGAGGUUGACCAGGAGGAUGCGGAUCUUCACUCUAGUACUGUCACGGUCAGGAGGCUCGAGAUACAGCACGCUCCUGAAUUGACUCGUGCCGUCUUGAACAACUGUCUGCUCCCAUGGACUGCAAACGUGUUCUCGCAGCUCACACACCUUGAGAUACGCGUCAACGGAGGAGACAACUUCAUCGCGGAUGAUCUGCUUCCGACGCACCAGCAGCUGCAGACGGUCAUCACAUCCAUGGUCGCACUCGAAGAGCUGUACUUGGACAUCUUCCCGGAGUACGACGACGUGAACCAAGAGCAACCGCCCAUCGCACUCUCUCCCAGCUGUCAACAGAUCACUCUGCGUGGUCGUGAUGCAUUCCUCAACCGCCAUUGCUAUCGACUCGCCGCCUCGCUCGUCGUUCCGCCCCACGCGAAGCUCAUCGUCAAGCAGGCCAGCACAGACGACGCAGACCUCAUCGUCAAUCACUUCGCUGGACCUCAGCAUCCUCCGCAGGCUCUGAGUCUUCGUACCGGCCUUGAUCUCGAACAUACUUCGAUGGGGGAAGUGAUCAUACCCUUCGAUCCCGCCCUGUGGCUCGCGACGCCCGCGAACCUCCUCACUGCUACACCUGGCGGCCACAUCUCUCUCCAGUUCUUGUUCGAUUUCGGAGAGGACGGUGAAGGAGAAGACGAAGAGAACUGCUACAACAGCCUGUUUCGAGCACUGUCGCGGAUAGACUACGGGCAGCUGAGAGUCGUACGUAUUGCGGGGCUCAGGGAGGAGCAGGAUAUCGAGCGACUCUUGUUUGGCGGAGAGAACGAUGGAGACCUUGAGGAGGUCAACGUGCUGUCGGGAGCAGCCAAUCUCGACGUGCUCGUCGCAACGUUCGACGAUGAUGAUCUUGGUCAACAGUUCCUGGACGUGGUGGCAGCUCCGGGGCAACCUAUGUUUCCUCUGCUUCAGACCGUCCAUCAGUAG